UGGGCUGGUAGCAGGGCCAUGUGGUCCCUGUCCUGAGCACAGACCCUCAGAGAGACACAGGCAGGGGGCUCCGGACAGGCCCUGGGGCAGCCAUGGGCAAGAAGCUGAAGGUGGGCAAGACCCGCAAAGAUAAAUUCUACCAUCUGGCCAAGGAGACAGGUUACCGCUCCCGUUCGGCGUUUAAGUUGAUCCAACUCAACCGCAAGUUCCAGUUCCUGCAGAGAGCCCGCGCCCUCCUCGACCUCUGUGCGGCCCCGGGAGGAUGGCUCCAGGUAGCCGCCAACUUCAUGCCUGUUUCCAGUUUGGUGAUUGGUGUUGACCUUGUGGCCAUCAAACCAAUUCCCAAUGUUGUGACCCUACAAGAGGAUAUCACCACGGACAGAUGUCGGCAGGCCCUGCGCAAGGAACUGCAGACCUGGAAGGUGGACGUGGUGCUGAAUGACGGCGCCCCGAACGUGGGGGCGAAUUGGCUGCACGAUGCCUAUUCCCAGGCGCACCUGACCCUCAUGGCCCUGAAGCUGGCCUGUGAGUUCCUCAACAAGGGCGGCUGUUUCAUCACCAAAGUUUUCCGCUCGAAGGAUUACCAGCCCCUCAUCUGGAUCCUGCAGCAGUUCUUCCGGAAGGUUCAGGCCACCAAGCCCCAGGCCUCCAGGAACGAGUCAGCUGAGAUCUUCGUUGUCUGCCAAGGCUACGUGGCCCCAGAGAAAAUCGACCCGAAGUUCUUUGACCCCAAGCACGCCUUCAAGGAGGUGGAGGUCCAGGCGAAAACCAUUCGCGACCUGGUGACCGUCAAGAAGCCCAAGGCGGAGGGAUACGCAGAGGGCGACUACACCUUAUACCAUCGCUUCACUCUGAUGGAGUUUGUCAAAUCCCAGAAUCCCGUUGACUUCCUGGAUAAAGCCAGCGAGAUCACCAUCGACUCUCCUGAACUGGAGCACCACGCCUCCACCAGCCCGGAGAUCCUGGAAUGCUGCAAGGACGUCCGUGUCCUCGGUCGCAAGGAGCUGAGGCUGCUGUUGAACUGGAGAACCAAGCUGAGGCGACACCUGGCGAAGAAACUGAAGGAGCAGGCGAAGGAGCUGGACGAGGAGAUCAGCCUGAGCUCAGGGGACGAGAGCGAAGGGGAGAAGGACAUCCCCGGGCCCAGCAGGGAGCAGGAAGGGGACGAGCGAGCGGAGGAGGAGCAGGAGGAGGAGGAGAUGCAGCAGCAGUUAGCCCUCCUGAAGGCGGAGGAGGUGGCUGAGCUGAAGAGGAAGAAGCGGAGAGUUCUGAAGGAGCGGAGGAAGCAGACGGAGCGGAUUGAGCUGAAGAUGGACCUUCCUGGGGUCUCCAUCGCUGAUGACGCUGAGGUCUGCCUCUUCUCACUCACAACCAUGGACCGCAGCAAGCUGAAGGAGAUCGAGCAGGGGGACAUGAAGAUGGCGGACAAGGCUCUUGAGGACGGGUUGCUCAAUCAGGAUGGAGUCAACCUGUCAGACCAAGAGAUGGAGGACAAGGUCUCGUUGGCCAGUGACCUGGACUCGUCUGACCUCGAGGAGGUCAAGGAGCGCGAGGAGCAGAUUAACAAGAGGAAGAAGAUACAACGCAAACGGCCGCAGGCUGCAGUUGGCCGGGCGUCAGGGCUGGUCAAGGAGGAGGAGGAGGAGGAGGGGAACCCUCUCCUUGUGGAGUUGGAAUCCAAGUCCAUUCGCCAGGAACGACAGGCCGACCUGUGGUUCGGGAAGGACGUCUUUGCUGGACUCGAGACAGAAGCGGACGAGGCCAUCGAGAUUAAACAGACCAGGAAACUGUACAAGCAGCAGGGCGCGGUGCUGGAUGAUGAGGUGGGGAGUGAGGAUGACCAACAGAAGGGACCCCGCCCGGCCGGGGUGGGGGGCGAACCACAGCUACCGGCCCAGGACACCCCGGCUGAGGGACCGGAGCAAUCCCAGGAGGAAUCCGAGGACGAGAGCUCCAGUGAUGAGAGUGAUAUCCAGGCCAUGAAACACGCAGCAGGUCCAGGAAAGAAACGGGCUCGGGAUGAAACUGACACGUUCGAAGUGGUGCCGGUGGAGAGGUCCAUAAAGAAAGCUCAGGUCCUGGAUGCUGAAGGCCUCGCACUGGGAGCUUCUAUCGCCACCUCAAAAAAGCGAACCCGUGAUUUAGUCAACGAUUCCUUUAAUAGGUACGCCUUCGACGAGGAGCCGGACGAGCUGCCGGACUGGUUCGUCGACAACGAGCAGAAGUUCAGGCGGCGGCCCCUGCCCUUUGACCCCGCCAUGGCCGCUGAGUUCCGCCAACGCUGGAAGGAAAUUAACGCCCGGCCCAUCAAGAAGAUCGCGGAGGCCAAGGCGCGCAAGAAACGCAGGCAACUGAAGAAGCUGGAACAGGCGAAAAAGAAAGCAGAGGCUGUGGUGAACACCGUCGAUAUCUCCGAGCGGGAGAAGAUGGCUCAGAUGAGGAGUAUCUAUAAGAAGGCCGGUCUGAAGGAGAAACGGGAGGUGACCUACGUGGUGGCCAAGAAAUGGUCUGGUGGGAAAGUCCGCCGUCCGCCAGGGGUCAAAGGUCCCUUCAAGGUGGUGGAUGCCCGGAUGAGGAAGGACGCGAGGAAGACUCCCAAGAACGCCAAGGCCAAGGGGAGGAGGAAGCGCAAGUAGGGGACGGGGUCGUGGCUCUUCAAACCACCCGCUCCUGUGCCACCCUGUUGAUAGCAUGGCUCCACCCCCACUGCCCUCCUGCUCCCAAGCCCGAUAGUUGGUCGCCUAGAUGGACGGUGGCCAUUUUGUAUUUGCGGCCUACAAUGCCUAAAGCUGACAGCGUGCCUCCUUCCUCCUGAGCCCAGUAGUUGGUUCCCUGGAUGCCUGGUGGCCAUUUUGUGGUUUCAUCAAUGGGACAUAAAGCUGACCCCUCACCCCGCUAUCCCAUCCCGGGCCCAGUAGUUGGUUCCCUGGAUGGCUGGCGGCCAUUUUGUGAUUUAUCAAUGGGACAUAAAGUUGACCCCUCACCCCACUAUCCCACCCCAGGCCCAGUAGUUGGUUCCCUGGAUGGAUGGUGGCCAUUUUGUGAUUUAUCAAUGGGACAUAAAGCUGACCCCUCAACCCGCUAUCCCACCCCGGGCCCAGUAGUUGGCCCCCGGAUGGCUGGCGGCCAUUUUGUCAUUUAUCAAUGGGACAUAAAGCUGACCCCUCCCCCCCCAUUCCACCCCUGGCCCAGUAGUUGGUUCCCUGGAUGGAUGGUGGCCAUUUUGUCAUUUAUCAAUGGGACAUAAAGCUGACCCCUCCCCCCCUAUUCCACCCCGGGCCCAGUAGUUGGUUCCCUGGAUGGCUGGCGGCCAUUUUGUGGUUUCGGCCAACGGGAGGAAAUUGACGGCGCACUUUCCCCCCUCCUCCCUGUCACCCUCCUGUGGAGCUGCCCGAAAAGGGGAUGGGGGAAUCUGUUACCGGGAGAAUCCGACGAUCUGUAUAUUUAUAAUUUUUUUAAAAAUGUAUAAAAUAAAGGUUUGUGCUGCCGGUGAGCUGGAGAAAGAG